AGAAGCCUAAAUAUGUUCCUAGUGGCCAAAGUAAAAAGUAAUUCAGGACGUGUUGUGUUUAGAGUUUCGGACUUGUGUUUAUACCCAGAAGAAGAGCGAGUAGGAAAAGAAAAAGAGGAUGAAGAAAUAGAAAACAUAUUCACUUGCCUUUUGUUUCCAAGGCAUUGUUCAUGUGAGACGUUCUUAAAAGAAGUGAUUUUACAAGACAAAUCGAUUAUGUGUCGCCAUCUUUUAGCCAUUAUGAUUAGCCAUGCAUUGAAUAUUUCUGAAAAUAUUCAAUUGAAUGAUGAAGAUUUUGCAGAGCACUAUUACAGUUGGGUAGCAUAAUGCGCGUUCCCUUUUUUCAACAUUGUACCACCAUUUAAAAUUACUCAUAUCAGCCCAUCAUUUCUCCGCCUUCUCUUUCUCUCUCUUUUUCUUCUAAUAUGACUUCCUCGCGAUCUCAAAGGUCUUUUCAAGAGACUUCUUCUGCUAGUUAUUCUCGAAAUGGUUCUUUCUCGACCUCUGAAUCCAAUACCUUUCAGCGACCCGAAUCACCUACACUUCCACCAGAAAUAAGUAUCCAAAACCAUUCUAGUUCAGGCCUUAGUUCUGAAACAAGUUCCUUCUCUAACCAUGCCAAUGAAAACUUAUCAGUCAAUCUACUCAAGUCACCCCACAGUGCCCUUCGAUCCAACGAAAUGAAUUUUGUAUCACCCACAUCAACCAUUGACUCGACUCACUCGUAUCAACCGUUUGAUGAAACUGCAUCUGCUGGAAGAAUUGAACACCGUCCAUCUCGAUCCAAAUCAAAGCAACCCAAGUCACCUCACUCUUCUUCAAAUAGUCAUUCAACUCGAGCACAUCAUCAUCUUAAAACAAAAAAUUCACACUCUUCGAAACAUGGUAACAGAACCCCGGAUCACUUGGCUGCAGCUAUUGAACUCAGCACCACGAAUAGCGUAUCUUCGUCUGCACCUGCUGCAGGCAUGUACUGGUCCCAUACAUUGACUUAUGGUCGGGGACCUUCAAGACCUCUUCGAGCUCAUACAGCAAAUUUAGUUGGUGAAAGACUCUAUGUCUUUGGAGGAUGCGAUACUUCAGUUUGUUUUAAUUCUCUUUAUAUACUUGAUAUGGACACCAUGACUUGGUCCAAACCUCGUACUGCAAACCAAAAUGCUCCACCUCCUUGUCGUGCUCAUUCUUGCACAGUAGUUGAACGUGAUCUGGGUUCUGGUAGAAAAUCACACCAGCUUUAUAUUUUUGGCGGCGGCAAUGGCCCUGAAUACUUUCAAGAUGUGUAUGUACUGGAUGCAGAAUUGUUGGUUUGGUCAAAACCCAAUAUUGAUCCUAGUACACGUCCUUCUAAGAGAAGAGCACAUACAACAUGUUUAUGGAAUGAUAAAAUCAUUGUUAUUGGCGGUGGCGAUGGUGCUCGUGCUUUAGACGAUGUUCAUAUGUUGGAUGUCUCGAAUCCUAGCAGCGAAUUAUUACGCUGGGAAAAACUACAGACGUCGGGAACACCACCUCCUGCUCGAGGUUAUCACACAAGUAAUCUGGUCAAGGAUAAAUUGGUUGUUUUUGGUGGUAGUGAUGGCCAUGAUUGUUUCGAGGAUGUUUAUGUCUUGGAUUUGCAAAAAGGAAAAUGGACACAAAUUGACCUUGAUCGUAAAAUUCCAAGGUUAGCUCAUACAUCUACUCAAGUUGGAUCUUAUGUCUUUGUCAUUGGCGGCCAUGAUGGUAGGCGCUAUUCUCAAGAUGUGUUGUUAUUUAAUCUUGUGACAAUGAGUUGGGAAGUACGAAAAGUAUACGGCGUCCCACCCAAUCCUCGAGGAUAUCAUACAACUGUACUUUAUGACUCUAGACUAUAUGUGCUGGGAGGAUAUGAUGGCAAAAAUGUUUUUGAUGAUGUUCAUAUGCUUGAAUUAAGUGCUUGCGCUUACUUGCCACAAAUCACUAACUUUGAGAUUGAUGUCUAAUGACUCUUGAUAAUAGACCCAUUACUAAUAAACUUUUUUAAUUGUCGAUCGAUUCCUUGCUGAAAUAUCAUAUUAU